AUGGCUGACUUGGAACAAGUGGCUGAAGAAGCCGGGCCGAGGAACCGGGCUUGUGAUUUGUGUUUCUCUAAGAAAAUCAAAUGUGAUAGAGAUGACCCCUGUGCCAAUUGUGUAGCAGCAUCUGCUCCAUGUCUACGGAGACGACCAAGAAGAAGAGUCAAAAACACGGCAGAGCCAAUUCAACGCAGAUUUCAAACCGCGGCCUAUCUUCCAAAUUGGCGUAGAUCCCAGUCGCCUAGAGCGCCCUCAAUCACUUCAAAUCCUGCAACCGCUUCGGCAAGACUACAAAGAGCCCCAGAACCUACUAGGGAUCUAAGCACCGAACCGCAGUCUCAGAAGACACCGGCAUCUCAACAUGGCAGGCAGUCAAUUUCGUCCAGUAGCACUGAAAGAGGACCCGCAACUGUGCAGGCACAACAUCAUAUUCAAACAGAGCUUCAAAGCCGAGCUGGACUGGACGAGAGCAAGCGACAGGUUUUAGAGUCAGCCCUGGCUUUCGCGACGAGCAAUACCCUCCCUGCACUCGCAAUUGACCCUGAAGGCUACGCGUCGGAACCCGCCGACCCCUCCGAUGAAAGUCCCAGAAAGGAGGCUGGAUUGUGUUUCAUACUCGACAUGGGUAGUGUAAUCUCACCAAAAACGUUUGAGAAACAGGGUCUGGACUUGAUCGAGAACAAAGUAUCAGGUGCGACUUACCUCCACUACACAGUCAAUGUCAACUUCCUGGCUUGGAUCUAUCUCGGGGCAACGAACUCAGAGCCCGGUACUCUCAUGCAUGCGCAUCUGCUCAAAAGGCAAAAGCAGUAUGAGAAGAACAUACUUAUAGCCCUGCAUCGUAGUGGGGUUCUUGAUCACCCAAGUAUGUCGCUGUUUCAGGCACUUUUAUCAGGGACCAUGUAUAUGUUGCUCUCUGGCAAGUUGGAGAAGUGCUGGCAAUUGAGUACUGCUGCAUGUCGUACUUGCAUGGCUCUUGGCGGCCCUCAACUCAUAUCAUCACCAUCUUACAAAUUUGGGUCUGAAGAAGCUCGAUAUGGCCUUUCUCUUUGUUAUAUGUUCGACAAAGCGUUGGCAUUGAGUAUGAACCGGACAGCAUGUUUGCCUGACAUGAAUCUCGAUACUACAGACCUACUCAGUCCUGAUCCAGCAAAGCCACAUACAUACUUGCUUCAUGUCUACUUGCGGCUAGCCGAGAUUCAGAACGAAAUCGUUCAUGGCUCCAGAGAACGGAGUAACUCGAAGGACAUGCUCUCCAGGGUUCAAUGCAUGCAACAAGAAAUGUGGAAGAUUAAAGAAACUAUUCGGGAGUCCCGCAAUACACAGCUCCAAUCUAAGGAUAGCUACCUGAGAGGCGAGUGGAUGGGAGUCGACUUCGCCUACCAUUCCGUCAUGACUUCUGUGGUGAAGCUCCAUCCAUACCUAGCUGAAGACGUUGGACUGCACCAACAGCUCCUUGGGUUUGCCCGAACCUCACUAUCGUCUCUCAAUGAUAUGCUAUUGCAUGCCAAGACUCUCACAGAUAUCCAUAACUUCAGGGUUUCCGUUUCAUGGCUUGUGCUUUUCUAUCCGCUAUACCCCUUUUUCGUGCUUUUCACUCACGCAGUCAGCGUCUCCAGCAUACAGGAUUAUCAGCUACUAGCAAACGUCACGAAUGGCCUGCGAGAAUUCAGUGGACAGAACUCAGCUUUGAUGGGUGUCCAAAAGCUUUUUGAGGGAUUCAUGGCAUUGUGUAAGCUAACAUUCAGAAACGACUCUCGGACUCAGACUUCAAAUGUAGUACAGGAGGCAACACAGUCCACAGCAAGAGGGGCUAGCCCACCCUCGGCGCGAGGGUCUUCACAGGUACUGGAGGCAUCGGAACAAAGCAGACUUGCGGUGCCCUGGUGGACAAACCCGUUCGCAACAAUUGCUGAGGAGGAUCCAGACAACGCAUGGAGCUCUGCCAAUGGCCAUAGUUCGGGGGUCAUUCCGGACUUCAGCUCAUUGGAUGAACACGAUCUGUUAACAGAGUUGUACAAUACGCAGCCUUCCAUCGGGUGGAUCGAUGCACCAUGGCCUUCAGCAAGUCAUCCAUAA